AUGUCGGCACCUGUGAUGACGGUGGAGGAGAUGUUAGAGAGGCUGAGGAGAGAAGCGGAGGUGCGGGGGCCUGGCUGGCUGCAGGAGCAGGUUGGUGCAUGCAUGGGUUCACCUGCUCCUGUGGCUACCCCUAAUGCUCGGGCUGCCCGGCCGCGGCGGAGUAUUCCACCGGCGCGCCUAAGCCCUGAAGUCACCCCCCGGGCCCGGCGCCGAGUAGGGAGCCCCCCUGUGGACCCUCGGCGGCGGAGAGCGGCCGCUCAGCCUUCUGCGAGCCGCUCUCGCCGUGGGAGGAAUCCCGAUAAGCGGCGGGGCCCUGUGAGCAGUGGGACGCCCCUUCCCCCGCUCCCUGCGGCUGUGCAGCUGGAUUCGGGACCAGGAACGGUGGACCGGCCCAGUCCCUCCUUCAGCGGGCGGUCCACUCGGCGGUUUGAUGAGGUCCGGGUUCCUCGGACUGCGCUGGUGGUGGACGAAUACCAGCGCAGGUCCAGAGAAGAUUUGAGCAGCGUGGAAGAAGGUCCCCUUGCGGUGGUGGAGGCCGCGGUCUCGUCCCGGUGUCCGGCCAGUGUGGUGCAGAGGGUCGUGCAAGCGGUCCAGGAGGAGCAGCCGUCGACGUCCAGGAGCUAUGAUGGUGCGGUGUCCGUGCGGCAGGAGUCAGGAUCUACGGCAGCGGGAGUCACAGCGCCCGUGGUGCCUGGUCGAAUGAUGGCGGCGUUGGUGUGGAUUUUGGGGCACUCCUAUGUGUUCUGGGGUGCGAUUAGAGCGGAUGUGAGGCCGAGUGGGCGGCAGUUGGGUGUGAGUCCGGAGUUGGCUACGGUUAGGUGGUUAGGCGUCAGAGGUAUGUUGUGGGGCGGAGUGUUGCGGGAAGUGCAUCAUUUCGUUCGUUUGGAUCGUCCUCCUAAUGUCCUUGUUAGUGCCCAAAAGUUAGGAGUUGAAGAUUACGGGACUGCAGCCGACAUCCCUGGACAUGGUAGAAACAGGAAAAUUAAUGACAAAUUGAAGAAAUGGAUAAUACAAAUGGUAACUGAAGAGCCCAGAACAACUUGCAAAGAGAUUAGAGGUGCGCUCCAAGGUCAAGGUACAUCAGUGUCAGAUCAAACCAUCCGUCACUGUCUUAGCCAAACUGGACUUCAUGGAAGACAAUUGAGGAGGAGACCACUGUUGAAAGCAAAUCCUAAAAAAGCAAGACUGGAAUUUGCCAAAAUGCAUAUUGACAAGCCACAAAGCGUCUGGGAGAAUUUAUUUUGGACAGAUGAGACAAAACUGGAGCUUUUUGAGAAAUCACAUCAGCCCUAUGUUCACAGGUGA